ACUCACCUCGCACCGCCUCGCCGCCUUCGUCCAACUCGGCCUCGCGCUCCUUGCCAGCUCUCCCUCGGCACUGAGCAUCGUCCACCGACCCACAGUCGUCACCUCCUCCACCAAGCCGCACCUCGCACCUCGCCCUCGCUCAAGCAACGUCCAUGGACUGCAUCCCGCUCAUCUGCGUCUGCGGAUGCGACAAGCAGCUGUCGCUCGAAGGCAACGAGGCCCACAUCUGUCCUCGCUGCAACAACGGCACCGUCUACGCCACCAAGGAGCGCAACUGCUUCAGCUUCUGCUGCGUCCCGAUCCUCCCGCUCGGCUCUGAGCACAUCUGGCACUGCUCGACCUGCCAGUGGGCCGCGUCGCAGAAGGGCCCGGCGCCGCCGCUCGCUGGUCAGGCUGGCGGGUUCUACGGCGCGCCGCAAGGCGGCUAUGGCGGUGGCGGAUAUGCGCCGCAGGGUCAAAUGGGCUACCCUCAGCAGCCUCAGCAGGGCUACCCGAUGCAGCCGCAGCCGGCGUACCAUUAGUCGUCGCCGCAAGCUCUCAAGCCCUGUCGACUCCCCCCUUAAUCGUCCUGCCUCCCCUCUUCGUCCAUACCUUUUCGCACCUCGCCGCCUAAUUCGCCUCUUGCGAGCUCUUUUCGUCCUUGUCCAGCUGUAGCUCUCUCUUUGCAACGUCAUCGUUCAAUGUCGCGU